AUGGCAAGAUCGAGGAGGACCGGAGCUGCUGGAGGACCCCGGCCCGAGUGCUGCAGUGGAAGAGUCGGCUUGCUGGUUCGGGUGCUGCUGUUGUCCUGCGCCGCUGUGCUGGUCUGCCUGGCCGCCACAUCCGGGCCGCCAGAGGCCAAGCCAUCUUGGAGCUUGGCGCUGGCAGACGACCUUCCAGUCACACUCAGCAAGGGCACUUUGCUCGGCCACCCGCCUAGCACUGAAGCCACCACCCCGGCGGCGACCACUUUGCCUACAACAAGCAUCGGCGCCGCCACAGCAAACAGGGACCUUGGGACAAGCCUGCCUCAACACGAAGAUGCCGGCGGCGAGCCGGCAAUCAUCCGAUACACGCUCCCGGCACGGCAGACAUCCUUGGACAUUGACCUGGUCGUGGCCGCCUUCUCAGAAAACCUGAGUUGGGUCGAGCCUAUGCUGGCGCGUGUCUCCCCGGGAGCCGAGCUGCGACUGUAUUGCAAAGGCCCCAAACUCAACGACCCCCGCUGCUUGCGCAUCGACAACUACGGUGGCGAGGAGUAUGCAUACCUCACCCAUAUCACUCACUUCUACGAUGAGCUCGCGCCGAUCACGGUCUUCACUCUGGGCAGCAUCUACAACGAAGACUGGUAUUGGCUCAAGUGCCGGAAGCUGAAUUUCGUUCUGAGCCAAAUCGACACUCCAGAAAAGCGUCAGAGCUUCUCCGGCUUUGUGACGAUGGCACACCAAGCGCCGGACAGUUUCAUGGAGUUCGAGGGCUACUUCCAGCUGAAGUCCUACCGGAACCAUGCCGGUGGACAGAACACUGCUGCCUGCCGUGCGAGCAUCACGCCCCUGGACAAGUGGUUCGAGCGUUUCAUCCCAGUGAACCUCACCAUUGCCCGGCACACGGGUGUCCUCUACAACCCCAUCUUCGCCGUCUCGCGCGAGAAGAUCCGCCAGUAUCCGAAGUCUAUGUACGAGACUCUGCUGAAAGAAAUCCUUCGUUGCACCGCGAAGGAGCACGAAGGCGUGGCAGAGGCGGGGCACUACCUGGAGAGAGCCUGGAAGCCGAUGUUCGAAACCUACCGACCUUUGGCCAUCAAGUGUUCUGGCCAUUUCGGACAGAAGAAGGGCGAUCCUUUCUGCUGCAACCAGACUGGGACGAUUGGCCUUCCCUGGACGAUCUGCACAGAGGGCCGGCCUACCUGCUCGGGCUUGGUCGAUGGUUCUGGCUGGGGCACCUGCAUCCCACCUGAUUGGGGCUGGCGCGAAGACCGAUGCCCAGCCUCCAUCACCGCCGGGCGAACGGGACGCCAUAGCCGGCGCCUCCGGCAAAUGGAUUUGUCUUGGGCUUGA